AUGGAUAGAAAAUACCAUAAUGAAACAAAUCAACAUGCUGGUAUUUGUAAACCAUCUAAACAAAAGGGUGAAAUAUGCUACGAUAGUGAGGAAUGUGGGUUUGGUCUAAUAUGUGACUCAUUGAAAAAGGGUGCUCCAUUUUAUUGCAGAGGAUAUAAUUUUGUAGGUUUUGGUGAAGUGUGUUCAAGAUCAGAUGAAUGUUUGGGGUCUUUAGAAUGUAUUAAAUCAAAAUGUACAAAUACAAAAACAAAUGACUGUGGUUUUAUUGAUAGCUGUCCAAGUCAACACUAUUGUACUGGGGGAGAAUGUGAUAUAAAUUGUACCGAAAAUGUAGAAAGAAUUUGUAAACCCUUUUCAUCUACUGGUGGGUACUGUCAUUAUGGAUAUGAAUGUAGUGUCAAUGAUACCUGUGUAAAUGGUAAAUGUAUUAAAAAAUACUCACUAAAAGAAGGUGAAGAUUGCUCAACUACUAACCUUGACACAAUGGAUGCAUGCGAAUCUGGUGAAGCAAUAUUUCAGUAUGAUGAAAAAUUAGGUGAAACCGUUUGCAAAUGCACUAAACCCGGAACAAUUACCAACAGUAUUAAAAACUGUGUUACUCAAGAAUGCCCAAGAAACUAUUUUUGUGACGGUAAAACAAAAAAAUGUAUUCCAGAAUUUUCAUCAACUGAUAAAUGUAAACGUCUAAGAAAAGAAAGAGACCAAUGCUAUAUCAAUCACCAUUGUGUAUAUAUAAAUACUGAGCCCCAUUUGGAAAGAUACUUUGUAAAAGGCUCCUGCCACCAAAAGUACUGUGAAAAAGAAUCAAUCAGCUAUUUAAAUCAAUGUACAAUGCUUUAUAGUAUCUGUAACAAUUAA